AUGCUCCAUUUUCGCACACAGGGCUACAAUGGCUGUGCGGUCAAGUACUCGCCCUUCUUCGACAAUCGUCUGGCUGUAGCCAGCUCCGCGAACUUUGGUCUGGUCGGCAAUGGACGAUUGUUCAUCCUCGAGCUGACCCCGAACGGGAUUGUGCCUGUCAAAUGGUUCACAACGCAAGACUCCCUCUACGACCUCGCCUGGUCCGAAAUCCACGAGAACCAAGUCCUCACCGCAUCAGGCGACGGCAGCAUCAAGCUCUUCGACUGCACAGCGAAUGACUACCCCGUCCAAAACUGGAAAGAACAUUCCCGCGAAGUGUUCAGCGUAAACUGGAACCUCGUCGCCAAGGACCGCUUCUGCUCCAGCAGCUGGGAUGGCACAGUGCGCGUGUGGUCGCCGCAUCGCCCGCAGUCCCUCCUCACGCUCCCCACACACAGCUGCACCUACUCCGCCGCCUUCUGCCCACACAACCCAGACCUGAUCUCCUGCGUCACCUCGGACUCGUACGUGCGCGUCUUCGACCUGCGCACGCCAGCCUCCGCUUCAAACCACCUCUCCCUCCAGAUCCCCAUCCACGCUGCCCCUGCGGCGUCCUCCAUGCCCGGCAGGCCGCCGGGCAUCCCGGCUUCCACACCGCCGGCCGAAGCCCUCACCCACGACUGGAACAAGUACAGGCCGACCGUCCUCGCAACGGCGGGCGUGGACCGUGCCAUUCGCACAUUCGACAUUCGAGCCCCGCAACAGGGCCCAAUGGCUACCAUGCUCGGCCAUGAGUACGCCGUCCGCAAGCUGACGUGGUCGCCUCAUUUAUCGAAUGUUCUGCUCAGCGCGAGCUACGACAUGACCUGCCGCGUAUGGAGUGACCGAUCCGACGCGGCUUCGGUUGGAGAUGUAGAUCUCAUGCGCGCUGGGCCCGCUGGGCCGGUCGUCGGUGCGGAGCUGGGGCGGAUGGGCAGACAUACUGAGUUCGUCACCGGGGUGGACUGGUGUUUGUUUGGGAGUGAGGGGUGGUGCGCCAGUGUGGGAUGGGAUGAGAGCCUCUAUGUGUGGGAUGUGCGAGGCGUUAUGUCAUGA